AAAAAAAAAAAAAAAAAAAAAAACCAACCAACUUGGGAAAAUACACUAUAUAAAGCGCGCGUUGGUUGAGCCCAUUUUUUUGUUUUUUUUGCUUUUCUUUUCCACUUUUUCUCUUUAUCAUCCUCAUUCAACAUGUUUGGUUAUUCUACUCCCAAGGGCGUUCUCACUGUCAAGCUCAUUGAAGGUCAAAAGCUCCACAAGGAAGAUUCUUUCGGUCACAACGACGCUUACGUCGAACUCUGGUUCAACGAUGAUUACAAGCAAAAGUCUGAAGUCUUCAAGAACUCUGAAAACCCUGUUUGGAACAACACCUUUGUCUUUAACAUUGCGGAAGGCUCUCAUGAUCACAAGUUAAAGUUCAAGGUCCUCGAUAAGGACGUCGCGGACGAUGAUAAGAUUGGUGAAGGUUCUCUUGACUGUAAGCCCGCUUUCGAAGGUGAAGUGAUGGAUGAAUGGGUCAAGUUGCCUGCCAAGUUGGGUCUCACCAGCCACGGUGAACUUCACUUCCAAGUCCAAUUCAGUCCCGAGUAAAAAAUAAACCUCCCCCGUUUCCUAUGUAGAAAACAAAAAGUUUCUCGCCUUUUGUUUGUGAGUAUGUAUAUAUGAAAACACACACACACGUCACAAACAUGUGUGUGUGCCUAUUCUAUUUACCUCGAAUAUAUAUCAUUUUGUAUCAUUCUUUUUUCCCUGAAAAAAAAAAAAAAACUACGCAUAACGAAUAAUAAACCAUUUUUUUAUUUAAAAAAAA